CUCAGGCCUGGGUUCCACCUCCCUGCAUCUUUGGUAUUUCCAAAUCAAACAAUUUUAGACAUUCAAUCAAAGUUUGUGCAUUGAGUCAAUUCUGCAACUUCUGAGAGAGUGGACAUCUGAAAGAAAACACAAUUAUAUAAAAGAAGACAGCUGAAUAGAACUCUUUCUGAUUGAAAUGUCAGAAAUAAUGAUGACACUAGGAUUCGUACUUAUUAGCCUUCUACCGGGAAUCAUGUCUUUUCCACAAGAAAUCGGGGUGAGGAUACCCAAUCUUUGUUUAACCACUUCCGGUUCUCUGUGCAGGUUCCCAUUCAUUUUCAAAGGAAAACGGUAUACAGAGUGUACUUACACGGAGUCUCCUACACCUUGGUGCGCUACAAGGGUAGACACUGAUGACACAGUUAUAACCAAUCAGUGGGAGGACUGUGAUCCAUUUAGCUGCCCCAUCGAGAACAUAAAUGUACCAUCCUGCACAACGGUAUCCGGUCCAGACCCGUUUAAGCAAUGUAUUUUCCCGUUCCGCCAUGCUGGUGUUGUGUACAACAAGUGUACAACUGUAGGACUAGACCAACCCUGGUGUUCUACACUGACAACAUCUGGUGGAGACCAUGUUAGUGGGAAAGGAAAGUACGGGAUUUGCCCACUUUCUUGCCCUGGAGUAGAGAGAACAUUAAAUCAAACCUGUAAUGAAGGAGAAACCUUCAUUCAAGGAUGCAAUUCUUGCAUCUGUUCAGAAGGCAAGGUUACUUGUACAGUAAUUCAGAACUGUGGAACAUGUACUCGUGGUCAAACUUGGAGGGAUGGAUGUAACACAUGUACAUGUUCAGAGCUUGGAUUUCCGGCAUGUACCGAAAAGGCAUGCUUACCAUCUUGUAAAACAACAUCAGGCCCGGCUUCUGGUCAAACCUGUGUUUUUCCAUUCCGAUGGGCUGGACAAGAGUAUAAAAACUGUGCUGCAUGGAUUUGGUCUGGAGAAAAUGAAGGAAAACUAUGGUGCAGUACAAGAACUGAUAUCAAUGGAAACCAUGUCAACGGUGGUGGCUACUACGGGUUCUGUCCAAGUUCUUGCAUCAAUAGUGAUGAUGAUUUUGAUUUUGAUAUUGAUCCUAGAUUUGGCACAAAGGAAAACCAGGCCGGAGUUGAAGAAACUGAAACUAAAAUAGUUUUUAAUGUAGAGAUAGAAGACCCAGCAAUUAUUUUCAUGGAUGAAGAAAGUCAACCUUCUUAAUUUGAUAAAAUCUUUAAAUUAAAUAAAUAUGUUUUCUAAUA